AUAUGCCUGAUGAAAAUGGGUAUUCUUAUUAUCUUUUGCACAUUGGGCACCAUGAACUUCAACAUUGCAUUCAAAAUAAACCAUUUAACAAUGAAAAAGAGCAAUUACAAAAAUGUGUUCACCCAGCACCAGAAACAUUACCAUGA